GAUUGGGUGAGUGGUGUUGUCUUUGGCUGUGUGGGCUUCUAUGUGUUUCUAAUGUGUCUGUCAAAUAAUGAAUUACCUUUUAAACAGACUAACAACCUGGCCAAAGCCAAUGCUUCUGAAGAAGACAAAAUAAAAGCUAUGAUGAUACAGUCCUGCCAUGCGUAUCAGCCUGUCAAUUACAUGAAGAAACUCUUUGGUCCGCCUCCACCAUCAUAUCAAUGCUUUCGUUGCGGAAGACCUGGCCACUAUAUAAAGCACUGCCCAACAAAUGGGGACAAAAAUGUUGCACCUGUUCCCAGAGUUAAAAAGAGCACAGGCAUUCCAAGGAGUUUCAUGAUGGAGGUGAAAGAUCCCAAUACCAAGGGUGCUAUGCUGACAAGCAGUGGGACAUAUGCCAUACCAAUUAUUAAUGCGAAAGCUUGCGCUAGAGGAAAGAAGGAAAAGCCUCCCUUUCUACCAGAGGAGCCAUCCUCUUCCUCCUCCUCACAUGAUCCUAUUCCAGAUAAGUUGUUAUGUUUCAUUUGUAAAGAUAUAAUGACUGAUGCAACAGUUAUUCCCUGCUGUGGAAACAGCUAUUGUGACGAAUGUAUUAGAACAGCCUUACUGGAAUCUGAGGAACAUACAUGCCCAACGUGUCAUCAGACAGAUGUUUCUCCUGAUGCUUUAAAUGCCAACAAGUUCCUACGCCAG